AAUCCCCUAGCAGUAACAAACUUCCACCGCCAUCGCCACUGUUUUUUUGAAUUCCAGGCGGCGGCCGGCGGCGGCUAAUCCGGCGGAAAACAAGCCCCGUAUCUCACUAAUUUCUUAGGAUUCUUUUCCUCAUUAACUUCCUUUGCUGCUGACAAACGCUAGAAAGCAAAAUUCGAAGUGACGAAUUCAUGGCUGAACCUGAAGCUGAACCUGAUCAAAGUUUGGAUGAGCACGAAGUUGACGGGCAAGAAGAGAAUUCGCAGCCUGAGCAAGCACAGGAACCUGAAGAUGAUUCUGUUGCUGCUGGCGGUGGUGAAAGGUGGCCAGGGUGGCCUGGAGAAAGUGUCUUCCGCAUAUUGGUCCCGGCACAGAAGGUUGGAAGCAUAAUUGGGCGAAAAGGGGAGUUCAUUAAGAAAAUGUGCGAGGAGACGAAAGCUCGCAUCAAAAUUCUCGAUGGUCCUCCUGGAACAACAGAAAGAGCUGUGAUGAUAUCUGCCAAGGAAGAGCCUGAUUCUUCUCUACCGCCAGCUAUUGAAGGCCUUCUAAGAGUCCAUAAACGAGUUGUGGACGGACUGGACAGUGAUUCAUCUCAUGCAGCUCCUGUAGGAGGCAAGGUUUCAACAAGGCUGCUUGUUCCAGCUGCACAGGCAGGGAAUUUAAUUGGAAAACAAGGCGCGACAGUCAAAUCCAUUCAAGAAGCAUCUAAUUGUAUUGUUAGAGUUCUUGGAGCAGAGGAGCUGCCCAUAUUUGCUUUUCCAGAUGAUAGGAUCGUGGAAGUUGCAGGAGAACCUACAGCUGUACACAAGGCCAUUGAAUUAAUUGCUUCCCAUUUGAGGAAAUUUUUAGUUGAUCGCAGCAUAAUUCCGAUAAUUGAAGUGCAUAUGCAAAAGCCAAUUCAGCAAAUGGAAUAUGCACCUCCAAUCCCCUCCUGGGGUCCACCGCCUCAUCCAUUUCCUCCAGGUGUCUCUGGAGGUCCUGGAUAUGGGAUUAACUCCCAAUUUGCACCGGCAGCUCCUCGUCAACAUGAAAAUUUUUAUUCUCCAGUUGAGAUGCUGCCUCAUCUGGAAAAACAGCCUCAUCAGGGCAUAUCAGCUUAUGGCAGAGAAGCUCCAGCGGCAGUGCAAUCAUCAUCGAACAACCAGCCAGUGCAAUCAAUAAUCACUCAGGUCACACAACAAAUGCAAGUUCCUCUAUCUUAUGCUGAUGCUGUAAUUGGGACUUCUGGUGCCAAUAUAAGUUACAUUCGGCGGCUUAGUGGUGCCACUGUUACCAUACAGGAAACCAGGGGAGUACCAGGAGAAAUGACAGUUGAGAUUAAUGGAAGUGCAUCUCAAGUUCAAACAGCUCAACAGUUGAUUCAGUUUACACUUUCCAUUCUGCAGCCCCUAGUGGCCCAUAUCGGAUCCUGGGAUGGGACUCUCCUAAUUUCAUGGCAGAUGCUGCAGCAGCACAGACACAGACAGCUACACACGCUGACCAAGGCUACAAUGUUUAUGCGGCCUCGAAUACCCCCUAUGCGCCUGCCCCUCCAAAUCCUGGUCUUGGGGGACAGAGUGGGGGCUAUGGCUCAGUCUAUGGCACCAACUAUGGUUACUGAACCGUAUUCAUAUGAAAACAUUAAACUAUGUCAUUUUGGUCAACUUCUAAUUGCUUAAAAAGAUUAUUUUUGGUACCUUAUCUUAUGCUGUGGGAUUCUUUCUUUAUUUCUUUACAGUGGUCAGUAAAAUGGUUAACAAACACAUUUCUUGCGUGUUUUAGGAUUAUGUCACCAUGGAAUUAAGUAAUUGUGAUUAUAGCUUCCUUGCUACUCAUUUGGAGGGAA